GGAACUGUGCCUCACUUCCGCCUGUGGUGGUCUGACAUGCUAACAGCUGUUAGCCGCUCGCUCCGUGCGGAGAAGGAGGAGGAUGAUGGAGGAAGAUGACUUCAGGUGUGUGGAGUGUAACGAGAAGGCGUCGGAGUUACACAGAGAUUACAGUAACGGCAUCCUGAAGAUUACCAUCUGUGGGUCGUGCCAGAAGCCUGUGGAUAAGUACAUUGAGUAUGACCCUGUCAUCAUCCUGAUUGAUGCCAUCUUGUGCAAGACUCAGGCCUUCAGACACAUUUUGUUCAACACACGCUUGAAUAUCCACUGGAAGUUGUGUGUGUUCUUCCUGUUGUGUGAUGCGUACCUCAGGUGGUCUCUGCUCCACGUCUCCGAGCCGAGCAGUGACCCCGCUGACAUCAUUAGAUACACCAAGGAAUGGGAGUUCUACGGCAUGUUUGGAUUGGCCGCCCUCGAGCUGAUGGCGUUCUGUGGCGGCGUGCUGGCGUUCCUCUGGGCGGUGGGUCGGCUGCAGGGCGGGACCCUCGAGCUCAGCCUGCUCCUCAGAGCUCUGCUGCUGUCCUGCUACGGCAAGGUCCUCCUCAUCCCCGCUGUCAUCUGGGAGCAUGACUACUCCCCGCUCUGCCUGGGCCUCAUCAAACUGUUUGUGCUCACCUCAAACUCACAGGCUAUCAGAGUGAUCCUGAACAGCAGGAGACGUCUGUCAUUGAUGGCCGUGUGUCUAGGCCUGCUGUCGGAGACCUGCGUGGCUCAGGCUUAUAAAAAGCUUCCAUGGAGCUUCCAGGACAUAGUUGACGUCUGACUGUGACACCCGGACUCACAUCACUUAUCUCAGGGAUGAUCAAAUGAUCCAGGACGCCAACCUGUGCCAGAGAAGGGUGUUUUUUUUACUGAACCUUGACUUUCAUGUGAAGUCUCAAGGAGAGCAGCAGAAGAGAUGUUAUUUCUUCUGUACUCUUUAUUUUGCAGGGAUGACAAACGAGGAGGAGGUGGCGGCGUCCCUCCUCUUGUUUUUCACUUUAGUUUUAAAUUGCACAACAAGCUCCUGACUUAAGAAUCCUGAGAUUUUGAUUUGAUUACAUUAUAAAGAGUCCCAGCGAGGAGCUGCAGCAUGGGAACAUCCCCUGAUCUAAAUUACACUCAUUCCCAGGGCCGCUCUCUAAUCAUGCCACAAACACAGACCCUGAGGUUGUAAUUUGACAAGAAGUUCUUCUCUGUUUGGACACUCUUCACAUUCUUUGGCUCAUUGGUGAAAUACUUACUUUAACUCACACGAACACACAGAAACACACGGGUAUAUUGUCAUGUGGAUGACUGGAUGAAUAAAGGACAGAUAAGUGACUUCUUAUUAUUUAUUACAAUGUUCAAAAUUAGUGAUAAUGGUGAUAUAUUAUAUCAGUUAAUCAUUUAGUCUAUAAAAUGUAAGAGAAUGAUGCUCCUUACAAUUCCCAAGAGGCAAAGGGACAUUUUCAAGUUGCUCGUUUUGUCCAAAAUAUGUAAUUUCCAUUGAUAUGAAACAAAUAAAAGCAGCAAAUCCUCAUUUUUGAUAAGUUGUAACCAGAAAAUGACGAUUAUUAAUGCUCAAAACUGCUGAUCAUCGAGUCAUCCACCCACUGUUUCAGUUCUAAACAUUAUUUGAUUGGAUGCUUUUCGUGACAAACUAAUUUCAAAUCACCAGAAUUAUACCUGCUGUAUGUUUUUCUCACGUAUUCUUUACACACGGAAACACACAGGUUAUAUUGUCAUGACUGUUGUCAUCAUGUAGCACUUUAACUCACCACUGAAACCGAAACUAAUGAAAUCACUGGACAUAAAUUGCAAAUUAAGGUGGGCUCUGACAUUUAUUUGUUCCAGGUUUUACAGAAUGUUGAGUGAAAUCCAUGAAGCUAGCCUCAGUCCCUGGAGUCUGUAAACAGAGCACUGUUCAAUCAGUAAAACAAACGUCUGAGGUCGACCAAUUGUCUGUGGAAUGAGGAGAAUUUAUUCUCUUACCUACAGUAUGAAGGAACAGCUGAGCCAGCCUCGGCCUCCGGGAGUCUUUGCCGUGAAGCCGGACACGUAACGAGAGGAGGCGAGGCUGGAUUCUUUCUGAAUAAAACCAUCUGUGUCAGCCCUGCUGACUGACGACGCAUCCUGCCAGAUCUAAUGAUAUCCUCACAAACGAGAUCACAGACAAUGUCAUUUACAACUGCUGCACGCUGCAUCAAUUUAUCAUCAAAUUAACAGCAUAUACAGAUCUGUUCUGUCUGAUAUAACUCCUGUCCCUUUUCUUAACAUUGUGACUUGUCCUCUGUGUCGUCUCUUUGGUGUUUGUCUUCAUUAUAUGCCUACAUUUUACUCCUUCUACCAUCUGCCUUACUAUGAAGUCUGAACUGUCAUAAUAAAUUGACUUACAAUUGCAGUUAUGUAUGCAUUCUAAGGUUUUCUCACCUCCUGAAUAUUUGUUGUUGUUCUUGCACAAAGGUCCCAGCUGUGCAUGAAUACUUCUAAAAGUGAUGAUACAUCAAUGUUAAAACUCAUUUUGCUCCUUUAUAUCUUGUCAAAAGAUGUGAAGCUGUUGUUUUACCCACAGAGGAAAGAUUUUUUUCACUCAUCCUCCUGAAUAUUUGUUGUUCUUGCACAAAAGUGCUGUAUUAAGAAGUUUCACAUCAGAGAACAUAUCCUAAGUAUUCAAAGCACUUUUAUUUGAACUAAACAAUGUUUAAAAAUUAAUGACAUUAUAGGCAAGCCCUGAGAUUUGGCACAGACUUAUUCCUCUGUGAUAGAUUAUGUAAAACAAACUUGUAGAGCGAGUUUGUGAUGAGCAGCAGAGAAAUGCUGUGGAUGAAUGUUGCACUCUGAACUC